AUGGGCUACGCUGAGGCUAAAUGGGUCUGCGAGGCUAUUCUCGACGAAACCCUCCACGGGUUCCCAGACCUGAUUCGUCCCCUCGUGACACGCCGGGGUCAGAUUGCUGGCUCGUCGAGGAGCGGCUAUUGGAACACCGUAGAGCACCUGCCCUUCUUCAUCAAGUCGGCCCAGUCCCUGCGCGCCCGGCCCGACCUGGACGGGGUCAUGCAGUGGAUGCCUCCUUUGAAGGACAUGAACAGAGUCCUGGCCCACGCCCUUGGCAUUCCAGAGUCGACAAGCUUUAUCCCCUUGAAAGAUUGGGUCAGGCGCAUCAGGGCCUCGCCUCUCGAGUCCGAGACAGAGAAUCCCGGCGCAAGACCAGGUAUACCGGACUGGCUCGAGUCCAACUUUGAACGGAUGGCCUGUGGGGGACUGAUUUUGGAUACCGAGCGGGCCCAGGAGCAUAGCGGCACCAUGGCAAGGGACGUCGGGCCUGUCAGUGCCGAGGUGGUGUCUAGGUUUCUGGAUUAUUGGAGGAAAGUGAGCUUUCUGCAUUAA